CCUUUCCCUUCGUGCUCUCACUCACUUCUAGGUGGAUUCUAAAUCCUCCUUUUCUUUAUUUCCCAUUUUAACCCUAUCCCUAGGGUUUCGUUCCGUUCUUGAUCCAUUUCCAUGGCUGAUUCUGAGUACCGAUGCUUUGUUGGUGGACUCGCCUGGGCCACCGACAACGACGCUCUCGACAAAGCGUUUUCCACCUUUGGCGAAAUCGUCGAAUCGAAGGUUAUCCUUGAUCGUGAAACUGGAAGAUCGAGAGGAUUUGGAUUUGUUACGUUUGCAUCGGAGCAGUCGAUGAAAGAUGCGAUUGAAGGGAUGAACGGCCAGGAUCUAGAUGGACGUAACAUCACUGUGAACGAGGCGCAAAGCCGUGGCAGUGGUGGUGGCGGUGGAGGUGGAUACCGUGGAGGAGGUGGUGGAGGAUAUGGAGGUGGAGGUGGUGGUUACAACCGUGGUGGAGGAGGUGGUGGUUAUGGAGGAGGUGGAGGAGGUGGUGGUUAUGGAGGAGGUGGUGGACGUCGUGAUGGUGGAGGUGGUGGAUAUGGUGGAGGAGGUGGUUAUGGAGGUGGUGGUGGCGGAUAUGGUGGAGGAGGUGGACGGGACCGUGGUUAUGGAGAUGGUGGAUCUCGGUACUCAAGAGGAGGUGGUGGUGGUGGUUCUGAAGGAGACUGGAGGAGUUAAAGUUGCCUUGAUUUAGAUUUUUAGUGAUUGAAAUUGAAGAUCUGUUCUAUCUGUUAUGUCUUAUUGGUUAUUGUAAGCGUUUUGAAUUGGAAUGUCGUCUGUGAUUUUGAAUAUCUCUAUUAUGCUUUGGUAAUUCAUGUUUUUGACCUCUGUAUUUGUGUAAUAUUUGUUCGUGGAAGAAUAUUUGUUCGUGAAAGAA